UUGAUGCACCUUUGGCUGAUUAAGUUGUCGAAUCUCCGAGCAAGUGCGACACGGUCGGAUCAAGGCGAAGUAAACACACUCGGCAAUGGAGAGAAAGCUGAAGCCGAGGAACAAACCCAUAAGACCUCCAACGCCAGCUGCAGGAUUGUACGGAUGUGUGAAUUCUUGACUGAGAAACAGGUCGGAUCCUUGAAAUACAUAUUCACCACCGCAACACUGCGCUCCACAUAGGAAUCGGUGAAGUUCCAGCCGCCAUUCGAAGAUGUCUCCCUAAAGCCGUCGUGCGAGAUUCUCGUUGAAUAGGCAGUUGCGGUGAAGGUUAACGUCCUGUGCUGUUAGCUUUGAGCCUCGAAUGGCAAUGCAAUUAGAGAUUUUUGGACGCAAAGGAAUGCCUCAUUAGGAGAAUCAGAAACUGAGUCCUCAACCGACAGAGGAGCCCAAGUGAAGUCCCGGCCAAAAAGUGGGAUCCCCCAAUCGAAGCGGGAGAAGUUUGAGCCGGGCCAAAGGCUCAAGUUUGCUACAAUCAACAUGGUCAAACGCACGAAUGUCGAAUGAGAUGGUAGCCGUUUGGCAGAAAGAGACGUCCAGAUGGUAAGGAGAAAGAGACAGAGUCUCGGGGACAGACGGCUGGGGAACCACAGAAAACGACACUUGAACGAAAAUCAAAUUAAAAGCUUCAAUGGCAACAGACGUGGACUUGGAUCUGGUCCUGUUUUUGCUCCUCCUGCUGGCCACAUGUCACCACAUGGCACCUGCACACACACACACACACACACGCACUUUGUGAGGACUCAACUCGACUCCAUUGAAACAAGUUCAUAAAACACUUAACCUGACCGAGCUGACCAAAUGUCCCCUGGGAAUGCGAAUGCCCGACUGAACCAAGCCGGUCUUGUUGACUUGUUAGCAGUUGAUGUCCGAUGCCCUUCGAACCACCAACGUAUGUGUGUGCUGCGUAUGUAUGUAUGUACAUUCAUCUGGUGUAACCCACCAUAUCGCCCACCGGACUACCAGCCAAACCACCCACCGAACCACCGGAUGUAUCCGCAUCAAUGAGUGACCAGGCCGAAAGUUUCCCCUUCGUCUGGGACUUGGCCUGCGAUGUGAACUCCUAUGCCGAGGCAUCAUCAAAAGUUACCAGCAAAUUGACCUAAUCUAUGUACAUGUGUAUGUCCAGCAUAGUCCAAGGCGCAUCUACACCAAAGGAUCUGCAAAGGAACACUGGGCGAAACAAAUAUAAGCACACAAUUGGCGCCUUUCAGCCGGAGUUCGUGGAGAGCAUUUCCAACGUGUCCGUGGCGGUUGGACGCGAUGCAACCUUCACGUGUCACGUCCGACAUUUGGGCGGCUAUCGGGUGGGCUGGCUCAAGGCCGACACCAAGGCCAUCCAAGCCAUCCACGAGAACGUAAUCACGCACAAUCCUCGCGUCACGGUCAGCCACUUGGACCAGAACACGUGGAAUCUGCACAUCAAGGCGGUUUCCGAGGAGGAUCGUGGCGGUUAUAUGUGUCAACUGAACACGGAUCCGAUGAAGAGCCAGAUUGGCUUCCUGGACGUCGUGAUUCCGCCGGACUUCAUCAGCGAGGACACCUCCUCCGAUGUGAUUGUACCGGAGGGCAGUUCCGUGCGAUUGACAUGUCGGGCCCGCGGUUAUCCGGAGCCGAUUGUCACCUGGCGGCGCGAAGACGGCAACGAAAUUGUCCUGAAGGACAAUGUGGGCACCAAGACCCUAGCGCCCUCUUUUCGCGGCGAGGUGCUGAAGCUAUCAAAGAUCUCGAGGAACGAGAUGGGUUCCUAUCUCUGCAUCGCCUCCAACGGAGUGCCCCCAUCGGUCUCAAAGCGCAUCUCCCUCAGCAUACACUUUCAUCCGGUCAUCCAAGUGCCGAAUCAAUUAGUCGGCGCACCACUUGGCACUGAUGUCCAAAUCGAGUGUCACGUCGAAGCCUCGCCCAAAUCAAUUAACUACUGGAUUAAGGACACGGGUGAGAUGAUUGUGACAUCCGGCAAGUAUCAUGUGCAGGAGAGCUCGCAGUCCAUGUACGAGACCAAAAUGUCAAUGAUAGUCAGGAAGUUCCAGAAGGACGAUGUCGGAUCCUAUCGCUGCAUUGCCAAAAACUCGCUGGGCGAAGUCGACAGCAGUAUCCGCUUAUACGAAAUCCCCGGACCGAAUCGCAAUAAAAAUCCGCUGAACGGCGGCGGAAAAGGUGGUGGAGGGGCUGGCGGAGUGGGCGGAAGCCUGGAUGCGGAUGCCAAUGACAUUUUGAAGCAGAAACAACAAGUCAAAGUCACCUACCAGCCGGAGGACGAGGAGCUGCAGUACGGAUCCGUCGAGGAUUUCGAGGCGGAGGGCGACGAGGGUGGCGGGCUGCCGCACGUUUACUACACCAGCGGCAAUAAACCGGCCACACAUAAGCCGGGCAACUCCGGCGGCAAUCAGCAUCAGCAUCAACAUCAGCAGCACCACCAUCACCACCACCACAACAACCAGCAGCACGGUGGUGGGGCAGGUGGCGGGCCAGCUGGCGGUGGGUCGGGGUCACCUGGUGGCGAAAUGGGAGGCAUCACCCGCAAGCCACCGCCAUAUUACGGCGGCAAUACAGAAGUGCGGGGCCCCAUUGACAACAACGAAAUGAGCUCCGGCUCCGGAGACUCGCGACUGCGUCGGGGUCACCAUUUACCCAUUCUCCUCCUCCCAUUCACCGCGCAGCUCAUCCUGGCCAGGAGUUGGCACUGUCGACAGCCGUUCUUAAUGGGCUUGUCGACCCUGUCCGGCCUUCUGCUCAGCCUCUUAUAAUACGCAGUCUAAUGGAAUCACCAGCGCAUUCAACAACAGACUCAACAACACAUGACUGCAGCGAAGGAAAAAAAGGUGGUCUUAAGGACCCCACCACGAGACAUUCAUCAAGCACAACCACUAUCAACCGAAAAGCCAGUUGUAGUGUGUAACACUCACUUUAAGGAUAUCAACAACACUUUCAUCAACACACAUCCACAGCCCAGAAACACACACUAAGGAGUAACUUCGACAACGAAACACAACACAUUGUCCAAGGGACUUCAAACACUUCACCAUACUUUAACUAACAGUCUUUAAAUCACUAACUCUCGAUCAGAUAACACAAUUGUUAUGUGUGAAUAGUCCAAGGGACUAAGCAUCUAACUAAAUUCUAGCCAAACACUAGACAACACUUUCAUCAACAAAUGUUUUAGUGUGUACAGUUCGCAGGGACUAAACAUUCACCGAUCGUUAAGCAACGACACUUUCACAGACAGUUUCUCAACCGUAAAGAGAACGAGUACAUAAAACAAACAUGUUGUAGUAGAAAAUGUUAAAUUGUUUAUAACAUUAAUGAAAAACAAAAAACAGGGAUGGUAUUUGGAUGCAUCCAUAUUUAGUGAAUGUAUUUAACGCAAGAAUUUCUAGUGUUACUGAGACAUUUUUAAGGGGGUUGCACGGUUAAUGAAUCACAGCUAGCCUAAGGUAAAAUGGUACCCAAAAGCAUUUACAGUGUACCGGGCACUGAGAAAAAAUCAGAGCCCAAUUGGGACAACAUCUCGUUUUUUUUUUGCAGAGCAUAAUUAUGAAUGGAAUUUUAGGAGUAACAAGAUAGCGCGAUAGGAAAAAACACUUGUUAUUUAUUGCUUUCAAGUCUACAACUUUGACUAUACUCAUUACGAGUAUUAAUCAGCCCUUUUUUGUUGAUUUUUCUCAUUUAUAUUUUGUGGCUGGCACACCUUUUUGCCAAUUUCCAAUUUCCCAAACCGAUUUACAAAACUCUUGGAAAGGUCAAUUAAUAUAGAAAAGUAACACAGAACAAGGGGAACCCAAUUUCUUCUACUUUGCUUUUGUCAUUCGUUAAUUUAGGCUACUCCUGACUGACUUUUGUUGAUUUGUUCAACUUUGAUUGACACUUGACGUGAGGUUGCACAAAAGGGUGUGAGUUUAUGAUAAAUAGACCCAGAACUUUUUUCUAAUUUAUUUUUUGUCAGCAGAUUUGUUAAUUGUGUUGCUGCUGUACCUUAAAAUAUAACGACAUUUCUUAUUUUGAUGCAAAUGAUUUACACACAAACUGCGAUGCCCUUUAACCCCUUCAUACACUGCUUGUAACCCCUUACCAACUAUUUCUUGGUGUUUGCCAAAAGUUUUUCUUUCCCUUUGCUUUAUUUUCCAAGUCUUUGCAGAGGAGUGUUGUUUAUUUUUUAUUUCGUUUUUUUUUUUUUGUGGCAACGUCUUGUCUUUGCAGCUGAGUAUGUGUCUGUUGUGUAUGUGCGCGUGUGUGUGUUUUUUUUUUUUUUUUUGCAAAUGUGUGUGUGUGUGGCAGCUGUGGGGCACAAGUUGUGGACACAGAAAACUCUCGGCUCCCAUCUGCGUUGCAUUUGCUUUUGAUGAAUUACUUGCAUGUCAGUUAACCACACACACAUAUCACACCCACACAGCUACGUUUUUAAUGAAAUGAAAACUUUUUGGCAAAGUGAAUUUCAUUGUAAGCAGCCCCAAAACCUCGAGACCCCCCAAAAACCCAAAACAAUCCUCUGCCAGAACUUAAAACUAAAAUAAAAAAAACAACGAGACAGCUACAAAUAUACAAAACCGCCAAAAGCUGCCACUGAUGAUGAUAAUAAGAUGCUGACAACCGCAGCAACAGCUAAAUGAACAUCGGCAGCAAAAGCAAAAGGCGGCACCAACCCAAAUAAUCAUGUCACCAAAGCUGGGCCAAAAUGUGGGGGUGUCUUAGCUAGGUUGACACAAGUGCUUCAAAUUACACGGACCCCCAAGAAAAGGAAGCCAAGCAGCAACGUACAACAUCGAGAACUAGUCAACCGGCAGCAACACUUUUCCUGAUGCUGCUGCUGGUGCUGCUGCUGCAGUUGCUGCUGCCAUUGUCCACUGAUGAUGUUGUUGCUGCUCGUGUUGAUGUUUGUCAGUCUCCUCGUGUUGCUACAGGAAAAGCUCUGCUAAGCAUUUACAUUUGGUUUUAAUACUUAAAUGAUUGUUGUUUCAAAGGGGCUUUUGGUUGAAUAGCAAAGGAGACAUUUUUAAUAAUUUAUAUCACUUUGUUUGAUGUGUCGAGGCAUUGCUGCUACCAAAGUCACUUUAAUUAAAUAGCUUCAUAGCCGACACAUGAUUAAGAAAUGCGGAAACAUACGGCUUACAGACGUAAAUUUCGUAAUCUUUUUCGUUUUCCUGAUAUUAAGAGCCCUAAUUGAACUACGCAAACAUGCAGCUUCUAAAAUCAACAUAAGAAUUGCAAGAAUAUCUACAUUUCUGCUCCAAUUUGGUUGGCUUAUUUCCAUUAUUAGUGCAGUUGUUGCCACACGGGUUAAUUCGAAGCAUGGUGUUGCUGCGGGGAUGUUGCAACUGCCACUGAAGUUGCUGCUGUUCGUUUCACUCGUGUAGUUGCUUCUGCAGCAGCUUCUUUUGUUGUUAUCCCUGAUGAUGCUGCUGUUGCCACAUUUGAUGCCUUUAAAAUCGCGCAUCCUUUGUUGUCCUUUGUUGCGUUGCGUAAAUAGCACAACAAAUAUAAAUACACAGCAGCAAUAAUGCCAGACAAACAUGCACAAAAGGACAAUCACAGUGGGAGAAAUUGUGGUUAAAUCUAAUUAGUUCAACUGCAUUCAGAAUUUGGCAAUAGACUCAUUUAAUUGUUUUAAUCAUUUAUUUUGUGUAGCGCAUUUAGGGUAUACCGAACAUUUUGUAAUGUUUUUCCAUUAAACAGUAAACCUUUUCGUAAUUUUGUCUCUGUAGACCUUUUUCCCGGUGUACGUGUGCAUUUUGCUGCUUAUGAUUGUUAUGGAGCCACAGUUUGAGUUGUUUUUUGGGGCUUUCCGCGACACUUGUAAUCAAGUUUUCCCGCGCACAAUGGUGUGUGUGCGUGUGAGUUCUGCCGUCUCUGCCUGUCCAAGUGUUGCCUACUUUUGUGGGCGGGUAAAACGGCGCGUUGAGUGGGUGUGGCGGGAGGAGAAGCGCUUAAUUGCUCUAUUUGAUGCCGUCAAAUUGUAUUUUAAUUUCGCAUUUCCCUUUUUAUCAUUCCUUGCUGUGACUGCUGUCCUUUAGUUGCUUUUAUUUUGGAGAAAUGGAAUUGAUUUUAAUAUGCGACGAGAAAUCUCCCAAAUGUGUUUCUUGGCGAAUUUUUCUUUAAAAAUAUGGGUUUUAUAACUCUAAAAUGUCAAUUAUUUUCAUUACAAAUUUUUCAAUGAUUUUCCGGCACUUGCUGUACUUUAAUAAUAUUUUGCAGGCACGAUUUGGGACAUCCUCAUCAUGAGUUAUAUCUGGCUUCGUCAUAAUUUUGGUGUCCAUUCUUUUGGCGUUCUUUUUUUCAACCGCCUUUGGUUUACUGCGGUUUAUUGUGUUAUGCAGUGUGGCGAACUUGUAUCUAUUUAAAUUUUGUGUGUGGCAACAUGUUUAUUUUAUAACCCCAAGGCAAGAGGAAAAUUCAGGGGGAGUUUGGGAGUUUGCUUCAUGUUUGACGGAAGUUUAAUUGAAUACACCGCUUACUUGACGGUGGGCGGGGAUGGGGGAAAAUGUACUUGUGUGCGUGUGUUGGCCGCAAAACAUUUUCCGCAUUUUCCGGGGAAAAGACAGGACAGCAGCUCGCUAAAACAAAUGGCAAUCAAGUUGAAUUGUUACACACACACAUAAAGGGGCGUUGAAAAGCGGUGGCAUGGUUGAUACGUAGGGGAAAGUAAAAGCAAAAUAUAUAGCGAAAAUAUAAGCAAAAUAAGUGCGGAGUCUGUCAGCCGCUGGCUGAAAUUUACUCAACUUUUUUGAUUUAAUAAUGAAAUGAGUGUCGGCUUGAAUAUUCCUUUAAGUGUAUAUGUAUGGCACUGAGGGUGUGAGUAUGUGUAAGUAUGCGAAUGUGUGUGCACUCUUGUAUCCCGGUAAAUGGCUUCGCUUUGUAAUGUCUCAAUGGCUGACAAGCGGCUGUCGAGCAACAGCUGGAUAAAUAAGUUGAGCACUGUUAAAAACUCUGCCAAAAUUACUGCACCAAUAUGCUCCAUAAAAAGUGUUUUAAAAAUCACGUUUUAUGGUAUAGCAUAGCCCAAUGUUAGGGAACAGAAUGGACCGUUUCUUAGUAGUUUUCUUCGGUAUAUGUAUAUGUAUGUUUUUUUAAAUUCAUCGAGCUCUCCUCGCAAAGACGGUUCACAGUUUAGUAUAAAAAUAUUUAUUUGUUUAGAACAUUUUCCACUGGUUCUAUUGGUUUACUUGGCUAUUCAAUCUGUUUCAUUGUUUGUUGUAUCACGUUUUUAGACCCCCUUUUUCUACGUGUUUUGGCCAAAGCCAAUAGUCCAGCUUGAACCAAAUUUUUGGCUUGCAGCCGUAUCUUUUCAUCAGUUUGUGAUGACUGCCGGGCGGCCGAGCGAGAAAUAAAAUUAAACAAAUACGAGAUAACAAGCCACUCCAGCAGCAGAAAUUCAAUUACAGCUGCUUCAGGUUGCUGGUUGCAACUUGCAAGUUGCAUGUUGCUCGUAUGUGUGGGCAGCACUCGAAGAACGCAGGACGAAGGACUGAGUUCUCAGUACUGAGCACUCGUACACUGAGUACUCAGGCCUUUAGGACACUUGACACUGGUCCCCUCUGGCCACAUGCUCGAAUUGAUUAAAUUGAAAUUUUAUUCGAGUCCUGCUCGUCCCCAUUGUGCAACAGUUGUCCUGCUGCAGGAUCCUUUGUGCAUUUGUUGCAUUUUAAUUAAGAGCUGCUUUGUGCUGUCGCUGGAACAAUAAAACCAAAUCUAGCCACAACAUCUAAGCAACCCCCUGCGCAUUUAUAAAUAUAUUUAGAUGGUCAUACCGUUGUGCUCCGAAUAAUAGUAAUGCCCUAAUAGAUUUCUUACAUUUUUCUCAGAUUUUCAAAUUAGGUUUUUUAAUUAAAUGCUAUCAGUUCUUUAACAGUAAUGAAAAUAUUUUUAAAUAAGUUUAUUUUGAAAUUGGAUUGUUUUGCUACUACGUCAUUAAAAGCUUAAAUAAAUGCAUCCGACGCAAUAUAGAUAUAUUUAUAUAUUUAGCAAUUCUAUUUAUUUUGAACACAGCUGGAGAUGACCAGUUCUUUUGGUUUGUGUAUAAAGCAAAUGCUAAAUUCGUAUUGGAACUUUGUAAAAAAGGUCUUACAUUUAAUGCAAAUCAUAGUUAUUAAAAUGGACUCUACAAGCAUCAGAGCCAUUAAAGGUUGUUCAUAUGCUAAGCGGGAUAUAUCUCCCUUUAUGGUACUGUACUUAUAUCAAAAAAAAUCGAAUUACACAAUAAUAUUAUGUGCCAUUAUUAGCAGACCUAAAUGCUGAACGAAAAUAAAUAAGAUAAACUAGAGGAAAUGUUAUAGAAUCCUGGAAUCUUUCAACUUUUCACAUUCUGUAUAUAGUUUUGUUGUGACUAAAAUCCAUUUAAAUGUGUAAUAAAUAAUUUUUCAUUGCGUUGCUUUUACAUUACUAUUAGCCCAUAAGCCCAUAAGCCUAAAAUUGUAUAUAAGACAGCUCGUAAAGAAAAGUUAAAGCUAAAAUAAACUGUAUAUAGCCAACGAGGAUAAACUGUAAUGUGUAUUUAGGAUGGAUUUAAGGAUCAAUCAAUGACGUUCACACAAAACAAAAAACUGAAGCUUAAUCAAAGUUCUCUUGAUAAUCCCCCUGAAAAAUUUGAGAGCCGCUCUAUAUAAACCAGCAGUAAACGCAUAAAGUAAAGUAUAUCUUAUAUAUAAUAAAUAAACAAGCAUAUAUAUACAAGACAAAUUAUAUAUAUUAUAUGGUAAA